CUUUGAGAGCGAGUUAGAGAUGUGAGACAGAUGUGGGUUGGGUAAACAAUUGUGAAAGUGAAACUAAAGCUAAGAGGCAUCGCUCCUUGCAGCCAGGCUGAGUUCUUUAUUCAUUCUUCCUCUGAAAAGUAGCCGGCCCUCCUACCCUACACCAUGAGCGCCCAGAAACCACACUUCCUAUCAUGGGUUCUAAGCCAGAUUGACAGCCAGAGAUUUCCGGGCCUUGAAUGGAUGAACCAAGAACGGACACUGUUCCGCGUCCCCUGGAAGCACGGCAGUCGCCAAGACCUGUGUGAAGAUAAUUACAAAAUAUUCAAGGCUUGGGCUAUUGUGAGUGGUAAAUAUAACCCCCAAAGAGAUGAGCCUGACCUACCAACAUGGAAGAGGAAUUUCCGUUCAGCUCUAAGGCAAAACAAUGGUGUCAGAAUGAUACAGAACAACAGUCUAGAACCCGUCAACCCUCACAAAGUCUAUGAGCUUAAAAGAAAUCCAGGGGCUGAGGACUCAGGCCUUUAUGCUGGAAAUCAGGGUGCUCCCAUUUUGCCUCUAGCUUCAAAUAACGCUGCAUUACAUGGUACAGGGUUGUACCUUUGUGCAGAAAGCCAGCUGUACACAGUGGAGAGUGUGGAUACCAGCAAUGGCCUGUUCCUGCAAGAAGCUUGGAAUUCUGGGAUGCCUUCCCAUGAUGGAUUUGAUGGUGGUGCCACUGCUGCAGCUGCCUGCACUGAGAUUGCACUUUAUAAUGCCCAUGAAGUGCAAAACAGUGCACAAGCUGAGGUUGUAUCGGAGCAAAACCAGGACAUGAUGCUGCAAACACAAAUAAUGGCUCAGUUAUUCCCAGGAAAUAUAUUCGAAACAAAAUUCAAAGUGGAAGUUUACUACCGAGGGACCCUUAUCACAGAAACCGAGGUGAAUAAUCCACGCGGAUUCUACGUGACUUCCCAAGAACACCCAGCUCCUGGGCCUUACUUGGAACAUAUGGAACAUAUGGUUCUGCCAGCACCAACUGCGAUUCUUAACCAGAAGGUGGCAAAAGAAAUAUGCAGAGUCCUAGAGAAGAUGAAAGAUGGUGUCUGUGUUGAGAUGCGAGAUGGGUCAAUAUGUGGGAAAAGACAAGGCAAGUGUAGGGUCUUCUACAGCAUGACAAAGACGCCAAGUACUCCAGAUGAGAUGGAAUCCAGAGAAAUUGACAAAUAUGGUUACACUGUUCUCUAUAGUCUGCAGCAGUUUAUAUCAGAAUUGACUUCGUUCCUGCAAGGCACAACAAGAGAGUCUCCGAGAUACACAAUCUGGAUGUGCCUGGGAGAAGCAUGGCCGGACGACAGACCAUGGGAGAAGAAAUUUGUGAUGGUUAAAAUUACACCCAUAGCCAUGAAGGACGUCCAUGAAUUGAGCUACAGAACUGGUGCCUCGUCCCUCCAAAGCGAUGAAGUAAACCUGCAGUUCUCAGACUCUUUCUCCAGCCUGGAGAACAUGCUGUCUCUUCUAAAGGACAUGGGGGAAAUCAUGGAGUACUAGCACUUGAAUAAACAUCAUCUCCUCUUA